CGUAGCCGCCUCGCUUUCUCCUCUUCCGCCCCACCCCGGUGAGGCGCUGAUCCAUCGCCUCGGACAGCGGCUCCAGAACCUCCGCGUUGCAGAAACACAGUAGCGAGAACUAUUCGGUGGGGCCGAAGAUGGUGUCGCUGAAGGUGCCAAAGCGCCUCGCCGCAAGCGUUCUCAAGUGUGGGAAAGGCAAAGUGUGGCUUGACCCCAAUGAAGUUAGUGAGAUCUCCAUGGCGAACUCCCGCCAUAACAUCCGGAAGUUGGUUAAGGAUGGGUUUAUCAUCAAGAAGCCUCAGAAAAUCCACUCUAGAUCUCGUGCAAGAAGGGCGCACGAGGCUAAGCAGAAGGGACGGCACUCAGGAUAUGGGAAGCGUAGAGGUACCAGGGAGGCUAGGCUCCCCACCAAGGUACUGUGGAUGAGGAGGAUGCGCGUGCUGAGGCGCCUGCUCCGCAAGUACCGCGAGGCCAAGAAGAUCGACAAGCACAUGUACCACGAUAUGUACAUGAAGGUCAAAGGUAACUCGUUCAAGAACAAGAGGGUGCUUAUGGAGAGCAUCCACAAGUCCAAGGCUGAGAAGGCCAGGGAGAAGACGCUCUCCGAUCAGUUCGAGGCCAGGCGCGCCAAGAGCAAGGCGAGUCGCGAGAGGAAGAAUGCUAGGAGGGAAGAGAGGCUGGCCCAGGGCCCAAGAGAAAUACCACCACCAGUCUCAGCCACAGCUCCCACUACCGGGGCACCGAAGAAAGCAAAGAAGUGAAGUAUUGCAACAAAGCUGCAGCUUUCUAGUCCAGUACUUCGUAAUUUUGGAGCGCCCUGAUCAAUUUUGCUGUUAUACAGCUUCGUGUCUUUUAUUUUCCAAAAGCUACCGUACCUGGAUUGUUAGAGAUGUUUACGCAGAGUUUCUUUGGAAGAGGAUCCGCUCAAAAAUGUUUAUUUGGAUCAGAUGGUCUCAGGAAAUGUGGUUAUGUUUUAUGGAAAUUUAUCCUGUUGCUAUUUGAUUGAU